CUCUUUUUUUUGUGGCCGGGCAUGACUUUGAAGUGAUCCAGUGAAUGCAGCAUUGUGUUUGUCUUUUAUUCUGGAACUGGGGGUGGGCCAGUUGGGAGGAAGGGUAAUUGCAAUAAUUCCAUUAAAGUAAAAUUUGAGUCAGCAGGCUGGCAGCUAUCACAUCCGAUAAAGCUCUGUUGUAUUUUUUUUUAUCCAUCCAGUGGGCUUUGCAAGGCAUAUUGCGAAUAGUGGGAAGUUAGCAGCAGAAAAUAAACAAAUUUCUUAAUUAUAUAGUAGACAAUUGGUGUCAGUCAGUUUGAAGAAUGUGGUGUUGGCGUAGCUGCUUGUUUUUGCUCUGGAAUUCUCUGACAAACAAUGAAAAUGCCCCCAUAGAUCAUAAUUAUCAAAGAUUUGCUGUGAUCUUAACGAUGAUCACCUCUGUGGAUUCAGAUGUGUUUCCAGAUAUCAGUGUGGACGUGUCGGUGCAUUCAUCUUCGAGCGUGUUUUUUGCUCUCCCUGGGCGUGUUGUUUGUUUGCGAGUGGAUGUGGAGCAGCUUGAGGCGUCUCCUUUCCUCCUGCCCCCCCGUCCACCCCAUCGCGGUCAUGACAGCUAAUCCAUUUGAGUUAGGCGGCCAGCCUGGGAUGCGGCCCUAUUGGUAAUUGCUUCUGAAAUGAAUUACUUGGCCCACAGUGAGGCUGAGGGAGGAGAGGAAAUUGUAAUUGAACUGCCCAUCCACCCCCCCACCCCUCCUCCUGCCUGUCCUCUCCCUCCUGCAUUCAAGUUAUUACAUCUGCAGUGCAGGGAGACAUUUUCCAUCUGCACACACACUCCUAUAAAAACCAAUUCUCCCCCUCCUCCACACAGCGGCCUCAGCGGAGCGCCCAUAUUGAUGCAGAGUGAUUUAGGAGAUUGAUUGUUCACGGGCGCAUGCACACCAGGCCACACUGCACUCUUGUUCAUAACACUGGGACAAACACUCUCUUGUAUAUUGUGUUUGUGCUGCCUCGCCCCAAAUACCCUCCCCAUUCACGGUGCCCUUUAGAUGGCCUUCCUAAAGCCUAAUGGGCAGCAGGACUCUGGAGCUGGCACCAACAAAAGUGGUGUUUGGUGUCUAAAAGCCCUGGUUACCCCAUGUCCACAGACGGACGCUGUUAUUAAUAACCUGCCUGUUGCUGACCUGCUGACAGUUAAAAGCCUGAUGGAUUGAAGAGGUGCAACUGUUUUAAGCUGAAGCAACAGAUUCUAGGAGGUUUUACUCCUUCUCACCUCAAUCUUUAUCUUGUUUUAACCCGUAGAGCAGCCAGGCCAUGGGGUAAAGGGGUAAGUUAACUGAGCUGCCCCAGCACCCAGCCUGGCAUGCACAUGUUUUGACUCUUGCCUCAGCACACAAUGAGGUCUAUUUCUGUAAACACUCCAGGGUUAUCACCGACUCCUUCUAUUUGUGUCACCCCCACUGCUCCUCAUCCAGCCCUUUCACUGACCCGCACAGAAUCAUGGCGGACAGAAGUAGCCGGCUCGGCGUGAAGAGGAAAGAGAAGAAAGUUGAAAACAAGCCCAACGAGGAGAAAGACAAAGACAAGGGGAAGGAGAAGAUGGCGAAGAAGCCCGACAGGCCGGGGAAGAAGCAGGAAAAGACCCCAGAGCCGCCGAGGGCAGACGAGGAGAAGACGAACGGGGAAAGUGAAGGAGCAACAGGAGCAGAGGCUAAUCAAAGUGAGGAUAACGGCGAGUUCCAGCCCAUAGAGCUGCCUCCGUUUGAGAUUGUCACAGGGGAUCUGAUGAGUCCGUUCUACUUCAAGUUUCAGUUCAGGAAUGUGGAGUAUUCGUCAGGGAGGAACAAAACCCUUCUGUGUUUCAGAGUGGACGCAGCAGGCGGCAGCACCGAGCCUCUGAGAGGUUACAUGGAGGAUGAACACGCCACAGCUCACGCCGAAGAGGCCUUUUUUCAACAGGUGCUCCCCAACUCCAAUCAGGAAUAUGAUGUCACAUGGUACGUGUCAUCCAGCCCCUGUGUAGCCUGUGCCGCUAAGCUGACCACCAUCCUCCAGCAGCGGAAAAAGCUUCGUCUUUCCAUUUUCUGCUCCCGUCUCUUCGAGUGGGAGGAACCAGAGAUUGUGCAGGGGCUUAAGGCUCUGGCGCAGGCCGGCUGCAAGCUGCGAAUGAUGAAGCCAGCUGACUUCCAGCAUGUUUGGGAAACAUAUGUGGAAAAGGAGGACCAGACCUUUACUUUGUGGGAGGACUGCAAUGAGAACUAUGAAUACUAUAUGGAAAAAUUAGCUGAUAUUCUCAAGUAGAAGUCAGUCACUCAGAGAUGUAUUUGAAGCUAACAUGCUAUUCUAGAUUUCUAGAUAAAAACAUUUUUUUUCAUCAAAAUAUUUCUGAAGUCACUUAGUUUUUCUUUAAGAUAUCUAGGUAAAAACAUUUUUUUUCAUCAAAAUAUUUCUGAAGUCACUUAGUUUUUCUUUAAUUUGUUUUUACUCUUUCAAGUCACUGUUGACUGAACUUCAACCAAGCUUGCUUGUGAAACUUCUAUGAGUUUGAACUUGUCACAACUGUAGAAACACAUGGCAAUAUUUUAUACUUUUUAUUUAAAAAUAAUAUAUAGAGAAACAUAAUUAUUUACAACCUGCAAUUUUACAAAAACAAAGCAUUACAAUUCAAAACAUAAAAAAAAGCUUCUUAAAAGUUAUCUUUGCCACUACCUGGUGGUUGUUCAUGGAACUGCAACCAAAGCUGUAAAAACAUAAAUACCCACACAGUUUAAUUUACAAAGCAACCAUAUAAAACAAGUAAAAACCACAUACACUGUUUUACUAGGUGUGUCUGAAAAUAAAUUGAAACAAAGCUACACAGAAUACAAGCUUACUUCAGAAUGUAAUACCAGCUAAAUUGGCCAUUUUCUUAAAAUGUACAUAAAAACUGUGCAUGUGCUGCUAUUUCAACACCAUAGUGAUGUGCAAUCAUCAUCUGGGCC